CGGGCCAAGAUGGCGGCCGGCGGGACGCUGAGGCGAUUCUAUAACGCGGCCGGGCUCGCGCGAAGAUGGCGGAAGGGAGCGACUGAGGAGAAGGCGGAGCGGUGAGGGCGGCCCGACACGAUUGGGCUGCUAUGAGAGUGGUUCUUCAAGUGCCUUUUUCAAGUGCUGAAGUCAGCAAAGAGUUAUUCUGAUUGCUGACCCUGGGCAGAAAAAUGACGUCUAUCAUCAAGCUAACAACGCUUUCCGGAGUGCAGGAGGAGUCUGCUCUGUGCUACCUGCUACAAGUAGAUGAGUUUCGAUUUUUAUUGGACUGUGGCUGGGAUGAGCACUUUUCCAUGGAUAUCAUAGAUUCCCUUAAAAAGCAUGUUCAUCAGGUCGACGCAGUGCUACUCUCUCACCCAGAUCCUCUCCAUCUUGGGGCCCUCCCUUAUGCAGUUGGAAAGUUGGGUCUGAACUGUGCAAUAUACGCAACCAUUCCUGUCUAUAAAAUGGGGCAGAUGUUCAUGUAUGAUCUUUAUCAGUCUCGACACAAUACAGAAGAUUUCACACUCUUUACAUUGGAUGAUGUGGACGCAGCUUUUGAUAAAAUUCAGCAGCUGAAAUUCUCGCAGAUUGUGAAUUUGAAAGGCAAAGGACAUGGUUUGUCGAUCACACCUCUGCCCGCUGGUCACAUGAUAGGUGGGACCAUAUGGAAAAUUGUCAAAGAUGGUGAAGAAGAAAUCGUUUAUGCUGUUGACUUUAACCACAAGAGGGAAAUUCACUUAAAUGGAUGUUCCCUGGAAAUGCUAAACAGACCGUCACUGCUUAUCACAGAUUCCUUUAAUGCUACUUAUGUGCAGCCUAGAAGAAAGCAAAGAGAUGAACAGCUUCUGACAAAUGUCUUGGAAACCCUACGAGGUGAUGGGAAUGUGUUAAUAGCAGUGGACACAGCAGGCAGAGUUUUGGAACUUGCUCAACUUCUUGAUCAGAUUUGGAGAACUAAAGAUGCAGGAUUAGGCGUUUACUCAUUAGCACUCCUGAAUAACGUCAGUUACAAUGUAGUGGAGUUCUCUAAAUCCCAGGUGGAAUGGAUGAGUGACAAAUUGAUGAGGUGUUUUGAAGACAAAAGAAAUAAUCCAUUUCAAUUCCGCCACCUCUCUCUAUGUCAUGGUCUGUCUGAUUUGGCUCGAGUGCCUAGCCCCAAAGUUGUUCUCGCCAGUCAGCCUGACUUGGAAUGUGGGUUUUCGAGAGAUCUCUUUAUUCAAUGGUGCCAGGACUCUAAAAACUCCAUCAUCUUGACUUAUAGAACCACCCCUGGGACAUUAGCGCGUUUCCUGAUUGAUAACCCUUCUGAAAAAAUCACGGAAAUAGAGUUGCGGAAACGUGUGAAACUUGAAGGCAAAGAACUUGAAGAAUAUGUAGAAAAGGAAAAAUUGAAGAAGGAAGCUGCCAAAAAGUUAGAACAGUCAAAAGAAGCAGAUAUAGAUUCAAGUGAUGAGAGUGAUGUUGAAGAGGAUAUAGACCAGCCAUCCGCACAUAAAACUAAGCAUGACCUGAUGAUGAAAGGCGAAGGUAGCCGGAAAGGCAGUUUCUUUAAACAGGCUAAGAAGUCUUACCCUAUGUUCCCGGCCCCAGAAGAAAGAAUUAAGUGGGAUGAAUAUGGAGAGAUCAUUAAGCCUGAGGAUUUCCUAGUUCCUGAACUUCAAGCAGCAGAAGAAGAAAAGAGCAAACUGGAAUCUGGCCUGACAAAUGGAGAUGAACCUAUGGAUCAGGAUUUAUCUGAUGUUCCUACUAAAUGUAUUUCUACAACAGAGUCUUUAGAAAUAAAGGCCAGGGUUACCUACAUAGACUAUGAAGGACGUUCUGAUGGCGACUCCAUUAAAAAGAUCAUUAAUCAGAUGAAGCCGCGACAGUUGAUCAUCGUUCAUGGGCCUCCCGAGGCUAGUCAAGACCUUGCAGAGUGUUGCCGGGCUUUUGGAGGGAAGGAUAUAAAAGUGUAUAUGCCAAAACUGCAUGAGACAGUAGAUGCCACUAGUGAAACUCACAUCUAUCAGGUCAGGCUAAAAGAUUCAUUGGUCAGCUCCCUUCAGUUUUGUAAAGCAAAAGACGCUGAAUUGGCCUGGAUAGAUGGUGUCCUAGACAUGCGGGUCUCUAAAGUGGACACAGGAGUUAUUUUAGAAGAAGGAGAACUGAAGGAUGAUGGAGAAGAGUCAGAAAUGCAAGUGGAUCCUCCUUCAGACUCCAGCACCUUAGCCCAACAGAAGGCAAUAAAGAGCCUAUUUGGCGAUGACGAUAAAGAAACAGGUGAAGAGAGUGAGAUCAUUCCUACAUUGGAGCCAUUGCCCCCACAUGAGGUUCCUGGGCAUCAGUCGGUAUUUAUGAAUGAGCCAAGACUGUCUGAUUUUAAACAAGUUCUUUUACGAGAAGGAAUUCAAGCUGAAUUUGUAGGAGGCGUGCUUGUUUGCAACAGUCUAGUAGCUGUUCGAAGGACUGAAACUGGACGCAUCGGAUUGGAAGGCUGUCUCUGUCAAGACUUUUAUAGAAUCAGAGACCUUUUAUAUGAACAAUAUGCCAUUGUAUAAAGGAUGUAUCAUGUGUGGUCAAGAGAAGCACUCUGACAUCUUGAGGACUCGGACCAGAUUUUAUGUUGUUUUGCUUUUUGUAUCUUUCCAACUUGUACAGAUAGAAAUCCCCAGGAAAAUUGCAUGUAUCCAAUCCAAAGGAUUAUUCAAAACCAAUAAAUAAUGGAGACCAGUUUCUUUAAAUCUUCUGGAACCUUCCUCUCCUUUUGGCUUUCAAAUGCCCUGCAUUUGAGGCAGUUGGUUUAUUUUAUAAACCUCUCAGUAUACAAAUGCAACUUCUUAAGUCAAUUAUUGAGCUAGGAAAGGCACAUUUGAGUGCAUAAAAGCUAUUUUUUUGUAAGAGUAUGAAAAAAUCAAUUACUAAUGUUUGAGAAAUGAUAUUAAUACUUCUGACUUUUGGGAUGGUUAGGAAAGAAUUGUUCUAAAACUCUGGAAGCAACUUUGUUUUGAAAAAAAAUGGACUUUUAUAGGUUAUUGAAGAUUAAAAACUUGCUACUGUG